AUGUCAUUCGUCACGGCGGGACGGACGUGUAUUAAAACUCUCUCUAUUCGCACCUUUGCGCAGCAAACUCCGCUGCCCGGACCAUCACGAGUCCGAGUGCGGAAACUAUCACGGCAUACGCAGCUAAUUUUGUUUUCAUCUCCGAGAGUUGCCUUGUCCUCGCACUCUCUCAUUGCACCACUGGGCUGUGGUCGUCACUCAGAACCUCAGCUCCCCCAACAGAAUUUGGUGUCCGCGUAUUAA